UGAUUGGCUGCCACUUUCGCGCUUAAUUCCGCUGACUCCCGCUAAAAAUAUUCACGCUGUUGUUUGCUUCAAUUCCUGACUGCCUAUUUCGAUAGAAAUCUGCAAUUUUAACGUUAACAAUUUGGAAUUAUGACUUCGGAAGGCGAGAACUCGGAAAAUUCAACAACAACUGAAAGCAACACUGGCGUCGAAAAUGUGGAAAAAGAUUCCGAUGUUUUGAAGCAAGCUGAGGCAUCAGCUGACGAGGCGGUCAAUGACAAACCUGCUACUGACAAUGAGAGCCAAGAGGAAGAUAAAUCUAACGAAAGCAAUGAUCAGGAUGAGGAAGAGGUGAAAACCAAGUCGAAGCUUGGAGGCUCCCCGAAGAAAUCCAAGUCAGCGAAGAACAAAAACAAAACAUCAAAGCAAAUCAAGGAAGACACUGAGGAAGAAGGUGCAGAAAAAUCGAAACCUUCUAAGGCAGUGAAGAAGGCCAAAAAUGAAAAGGAAGAAAAGGAUGAGUCUGAACAAGAUGAAGAGGAAGUUAAGGAGAAACAAAAGCCACUGUUUGAGCAGCCUGUUGAGAUGUCUGGCAAUCGAGAGAGGAAAAAGGUGCAGCGAUUCUCAGAGGUCCUUAAUGCCAGCGUCAAAACUCCAAAAGAUGAAGCUGUGGUCAUCCCUGAGGGAAAAGGGACUGCUCUUGGAGAUAUAUUUUCGGUCAACAAGAUCCUGACAAAGACAGACUCUGAUAGUCUGAAAUUUUUGCACAAGUUGUGCUUCAACAGGGCUGGCAAGGGCAAUUUCAUCAAAAAGAACCUCCGACAGUUCAGAGGCUUUGAUUUUUCAACUUCAUCAGAGCAGUAUACCAAGAAACUGGAGAUUCUCAAAAAGAAUGAUAAAAAGGUUUUGAGCCUUGUCUGCAAGAUCUUUGGCCUGAAGCAAUCACUUCCCAAAGAAAAACUCGUUCAGAGCAUCUUGGAUUUCAUGAUGAAGCCAGUUGAACAUCGCCCCUUUGUCGAGAAAGCUGCAGAGAAGAAAGCUCGUAAGGCUUUAAAGCGCAAAUCUACUACUGCUGGCUCGAAGAAGAAGGGAAAGAAGUCUGCCACAAGCACUUCAGAGGUGUCAACUGAUGAAGAUAGCAGUGAGGAGGAGGAAGAAGUGAAGCCUAAGGUUGAAAAGAAGGACACAAGCAAGAAGAGGAAGACUAAGUCUGAUUCUGAAGAAGAAGAGGUCGUUCCACCCAAGAAGAAAGCUAAAAAUGUCAAAAGCAAUGACUCUGACAAGAAUACUGAGUCUAGCGAAGAGGAAGAUAAGCCUGCUACCAAGAGGGGACGUAAGCCAGCCCCUAAGAAAUCCAAGGUUGUACCAUCAUCUGAAGACGAUAAGGAUUCAGAAUCAGAGGAGGAAAAACCAGCAAAGAGAGGUCGGAGGUCACCACAGAAGACCAAGAAAGAGCCUGUAGAUGGGAAGCCUAAGAGCAAGCGUGCUGCCGUGAAAGCAAAGGUGAAUUAUAAGGAGUUGGACGAUGAAGAGGACAAAGUGGAGUCUGAAUCUGAGGAAGAGAAAAUGGUGAAAACCAAGAGAGAUCGAAAACCAGCUCAGAAGAAGGCCAAGGUUGAGUCUGAUGAGGAAAAGGAAUCGGAUGCCGAUGAGGAAGAAAAUGUUAAUGAGCAGACUGAACAGCCAGCUAAGGAGGAAAAGGAUGAGAGCGAGGAGGAAAAGUCUGAAGAGAGUGAGGAUUCAGACAGUGAGAAAACAAAGAAGAAGAAGAGGAAGUCCCCUGCCAAGAAAAAGGCUUCGCCUAAAAGGAAGACCAAGGCUAACAAUAAGAAGGUGAAGCCCAAGGAAGUAAAAGCUGAAAGUGAACAUUCUGAGGAAGAAAAUGAACAAAGGACUGCUGCCAAGGAGGAAAAAAAUCCUUCGCUUGAGGAGCUGGAGAAGUACACAGUCAAUUUGACUAAAUCUGCUGACCUCCACACAGCAACCAUGAAAUCGCUGUGCCAGGAGGUAUAUGAUCAUUUCCCAAAUGCAGACAUCACCAAGUACAAGGAUGUGAUCAAAGGAUUCAUCCAAAAAGUGAUUGAUGAAACGGACUAAUAUGGUCAAGGAAUUGCUGUUAAAAGCGUUAUAUCUUUGUAGAAUAUAUUAUAAUUCCAGCAAUUUUUCUAAAGAGGGAAAUGUUAUAGGUACAAAAUUUGUCGCCAAUGAUUCUUCUAAUAUUAAAUGGUUUCAAGUACGGUGGCUGACUUAAUUGGAAUUCUUGGGGUUCCUUUUUAUAGAAAUAAGAAUAAGAAACCUAACGUUAAGUUGAAAAAAUUCGUUUCCAUAGCAAAUGUAUUUAUUGCAAAUAAAACUGAACCAUUACAAGA